AUACAUGGAAUGGAGUAUAGAAAUCGGACAAUUCCUACGAGUCACGUCAAACCAUAAACUCAGGCCAUAUAUGGGAAAGCUGAUAAAAACUGUCAAAAUGCCACUGUCAGAUGAAGAACUUUUCCACGAUUUGAUAUUUUGAUUUCAGAACGUUUUAACCUGCUGCUAAAAUACCAUUCCGUGUAGGCGAAUGCUUGAAAUCCACUACCGGAGUUUGCCAUCUACUACAGACCAGAUUUCCAGUUGGAAUUAAGUGAAAUAGCUAGUACGCACAGACUGCUCAUGGGCGUAUCAUCACGGUUGUACUGCGAUGCCAAAAAUGGUGGACACCAAAUGUUAUUGCAACGUGAAAUAGCCUUGUCAUUUUAGAAUUUGAGAGCAAUGUAUUUGUUUGCCAAUGGUAAACAAUAAAACAAUAGCUUCCUUCCUGCUCUGGACCACGGAAUUGACAUCACUGGCUUAGAAGUGAUUCAUAUCUUCACCUAAACCAGGGAAGAUGCUGCGCGUGUAACAGUGGGACUGGGUUUUCUACAUCAACCAUUCAUCUGCUGCCGUGGGGUCAUGGAGGAAAUACUACGGAAGCUACAAAAGGAAGCUUCGGGGCACAAACACAAAGCUAUCCGGGAUGCCUGCACUCUUGCUUGCGAAACACUUGAAGCCCAAACUGGCUCGGUCAAGAUCUUGCCAUCUCAGCUCCGAGCAAGAUGCCUGUUACCUCUCCGGCUGGCACUGGAGUCCAAAAACACCAAGCUGGCUCAGACCGCCCUCACUGGUAUACAGAUCCUUUGUGAGGACCGCUUUAUCGUUGGAGAGACCGAGAUUCCAGAGAAGCAGCUGCUGAAUCAGGUGCUGGAUGCUGUCAAGGUGACGCCCACCCUUCACGAGGACCUGCAGGUGGAGGUCAUGAAGGUACUGCUCUGCAUUACAUACUCGUCCACGUUCGAGAUCAAAGGCAACUCCAUCCUGAAGAUCGCUGAGGUGUGCAUAGAGACCUACAUGUCCAGCUGCCACCAGAGAAGCAUCAACACAGCUAUCCGAGCCACACUCAGUCAGAUACUGGGAGAUCUGACACUGCAGCUGCGCCACAGACAAGAAGGGGUGGGAGUAGAUGGGGAAGACCUACCAGCCCAGCUGUCCCAGCGAAAAGAUCUCUCCCCCACCACUGAAGCACUGUACGAAGAUGUCGUGACUGUCCUCACAGUGUUCUGUGAAAAGCUGGAAGGAGUUGGCAAUGAGAACCAGCUGCUGCAGUUACUCUAUUUGGAGUGCAUUCUGUCCAUGCUCAGCAGCUGUCCUCCCACAAUGCACCUGAACCGCGGCUUCAUGGAUCUCGUCUGGAAACAGCUUUGUCCAUCACUGGUGGUGAUCAUGGGGAACCCCGUCAAUGACAAAACCAUCACCUCCGCCCAUGGGGGAGGGGGCGCGCAGGAGUCGGAGAUGUCGGCGUCCGGGGGCGGCGCGGGCGUGACGGACCAGGGCCGCGGCUCGGGCUGCUCGUCCAGCGCCCCGGCCAUGAUCGGGCCGGUAGUGCGGACCAUCUGCUACGUGGCGGCCGAGCUGGUGCGUCUGGUGGGCUGCGUGGAGUCCAUGAAGCCCGUGCUGCAGUCGCUCUACCACCGUAUCCUGCUCUACCCUCCGCCACAGCACCGUGUGGAGGCCAUCAAGAUCAUGAAGGAGAUCCUGGGUAGUCCUCAGCGUCUAUUUGACCUGGCUGGUCCGUGUGUCAUUGAACCAGAGACCAGGAAGAGGUCUUUUUCCAAGAGGAAGUCCUAUCUUGACCUCCUCAAACUGGUGAUGGAUGGCAUGACUGAGGCCUGUAUGAAGGGUGGCAUCGAGGCGUGCUACUCCUCUGUCUCGUGUGCCUGUGCCCUGUUGGGGGCGCUAGACGACCUCAGCCAGGGCCGUGGGCUCCAAACGGAGCAGGCUCGUCUGUUGCUGCGGCGGCUGGACGAGCUGAAGGACAGUCCGGAGUCCACUCGAGAGUCCAUGGAGGUGAACGAGGCUGACUUCCGCUGGCAGCGCCGCAUCCUGUCGGCCGAGCAAGCCGCCUGGGAGCCGCGCGCCAGCGAGCGGAGCCCCGACAUCAGCAUCAGCGUCACCACGGAGACGGGCCAGACCACGCUGGAGGGGGAGAUGGGACAGACCACACCGGAGGAGGAGUGCGGGGAGGAACCGCGGCUGGCAUCGCCGGCAGCCUUGUGCGGUGGGACAGCGCCCGAUGCAGAGGUGCCGGCGGCCGGACGCGAGCCAUGCCCCGCCACCACGGCUGCCACCGAGCCGCCGGACGUGGUCCAGCGGAGCCACGCAUUGGCCUACCCGGACAUCACCAACUUCCUGUCAGUGGAGUCCCGCACGCGCUCCCAUGGGGGCGGUGGUGGUGGUGGUGGUUCGCGCUACAGCGAGAGCAACUUCAGCGUGGAUGAACAGGACCUGUCGCGCACCGAGUUUGACUCGUGUGACCAGUACUCCAUGGCAGCCGAGAAGGACUCGGGCCGCUCGGACGUGUCGGACAUGGGCUCGGACAACGGCUCGCUGGCUGACGAGGAGCAGACGCCGCGCGACUGCCCAGGCCAACGCUCACUGCGGACAGCCGCGCUCUCGCUCAAGCUGCUAAAGAACCAGGAGGCCGACCAGCAGAGCGCACGCAUCUUUGUGCAGUCGCUCGCCGGCCUGCUGCCGCGCCUCCUCACCAUGCAGAGCUCGGCCGAGGUGGACAGCACACUCCAGAACUUCUCCUCCACCUUCUGCUCCGGACUCCAAGCAGGGGGUAUCCACUCUCCAGGCUUUGAGGUCAGUGAGAACCUGAGCUGUCAGGCCCUGAUGAACGCAGAUGGCCUUUACCUGGUGUCCUACUACGCCCUGCUGCUCAACCUCAAGCUCUGCUGCUGCGACUACUACCGCAGGAAACCCAUGCCUGCUCUGAUCACUCUGGUGAGAGCCUCCCUUUCCCAGAAAGAGUUUGUGCGUCAGAUCCAGAGCAGCGGUGUGCUGGUAGUCCUCUCCCAGGCCUGGAUCGAGGAGCUCUACCACCAGGUGUUAGAGCGCAGCCUGCUGGGGGAGGCAGGGUACUGGGGCUCCCCUGAAGAGCACUCCCUGCCCCUCAUCACCAUGCUAACAGACAUUGAUGGUCUUGGCAGCAGUACCAUAGGGGGGCAGCUGAUUCGCAAGGCCUCCACACAGUCACCCUUUCUCUGUGACAAGAGUGGCAGUGACACCAUGAUGGCAGGUAUGGUGUUUGCACGCUACAUCCUGACGGGCUGCUGGAAGAACCUGAUCGACACGUUGUCGGCGCCCCUAACAGGCCGCAUGGCGGGCAGCUCCAAGGGCCUGGCCUUCAUCCUGGGCGCCGGUGCCGAGGGCAUGAAGGAGCAGAGCCAGCGCGAGCGGGAUGCCAUCUGCCUCAGCCUGGACGGCCUACGCAAGGCUGCCACCCUCAGCUGCGCGCUAGGUGUUGCUGCCAACUGUGCGUCAGCUCUUGCUCAGAUGGCUGCAGCCUCCUGUGUCCAGGAAGAGAAGGAGGAGAGAGAGGCAACAGAGAUGGGGGAUGCUAUUACUCAAGUGAAGCAGCGUAUGGAGCAGAAGCUGGAGCAGAUGUCCCGUCCGCAGGGUGUGCGUCUGCACACGGCCCACGUCCUCUGCAUGGACGCCAUCCUCAAUGUGGGGCUGGAGAUGGGCAGCCACAACCAGGACUGCUGGCCUCACGUCUUCAGGGUGGUGGAGUACAUCAGCUCCCUGGAGCACACCCACUUCAGCGACGGCAGCAGCGCCCAGCCCCACCUGGCCAUCACGCAGGCCCAGCAGGCUGUGGACAUGGGCCUGGAGCCAGACGGAGAGCCCAGCCCCGAGAGGGAGCUGGGACUGGGGCAGAGUCAGCCGGUCAUCCAGCCUCUGUCCAUUCCCGAGCUGCUAAAGGAGGGCGGCCGCGGGAAAGGUCUGGAGCUGAGAGGGGGGAGCCUGCUCACGGGCCCCAGCGCAGCCAAAGCUGUGUGUACACUCUCCACGCAGGCCGACAGGUUGUUUGAGGAUGCUGCCAGUAAGCUGAAUCUGGUUGGCCUGGUGGGAUUUCUGCACCAGCUGAGAAAGGCCUCCCAGUCCCAGCUGUUUGACUCAGUGACUGAGACUGGGGACUACUCCCUUGCCAUGCCAGGUGAAGCGAAGUCCACACAGGACCGUCGCAGUGCUCUUCACCUGUACCGGCUGGGGGAGGCCAUGCUGCGUAUCGUGCGGAACAAGAGUCGCCCUCUGCUUCACAUGAUGAGAGCCUGGAGCGUCGUAGCGCCCCACCUGGUGGAGGCAGCCUGUCACAAAGAGCGCCACGUAUCCCAGAAGGCCGUGUCCUUCAUCCACGACGUGCUGAUGGAGGUGCUGACCAGCUGGGCCGAGCUCCCACACUUCCACUUCAACGAGGCGCUCUUCCGGCCCUUCGAGCACAUCAUGCAGCUGGAGCUAUGUGACGAGGACGUGCAGGACCAGGUGGUGACCUCCAUCGGGGAGCUGGUGGAGAUGUGCUCCCCCCAGAUCCAGUCAGGCUGGAGGCCCCUCUUCAGUGCCCUGAGGACAGUCCAUGGGGGCAAGACCGACACCAAAAACUACCUGAUCGGGGAGUACUCCAUGGGGAAAUCCCAGGCCCCCGUGUUUGAUGUCUUUGAGGCCUUCAUCAACACAGACAACAUUCAAGUGUUUGCCAAUGCAGCAACAGACUACAUCAUGUGCCUUAUGAAGUUUGUCAAGGGGUUGGGAGAGGUGGACUAUAAAGAGAUUGGAGACUGUGUGCAUGUGAUGGGCUACAGCUCCACGGACCUGUGUCUGCCAGCCCUGGACUACCUGAGGAAGUGCUCUGAGCUGCUCGCCAAAAUCUACAAGAUGCCUUCCAAGCCGGUGUUCCUGGGGGCACGGCUGGCGAGCCUGCCCAUGCGGGCACAGGAGCGCUCGGUCAGCAGCGGGGACGGCAUGGACUGCGUCCUGGCCGAGUUUGACGACGACACAGGCCUGAUUCAGGUGUGGAUCCUGCUGUUGGAGCAGCUGACGGCUGCCGUGUCCAAUUGCCCGCGACAGCACCAACCUCCCACCCUGGACCUGCUGUUCCAGCUGCUCCGAGACAUCACCAGGAUCCCAGGCCCAGGCUUUGCCAUAUUCUCUGUCAUCCAGCUUCUCCUGCCGGUGAUGUCGCUGUGGCUGCAGCGUAGCCAUGGCGACCACUCCUACUGGGACAUAGCGGCGGCGAACUUUAAGCACGCCAUCGGGCUCUCGUGUGAGCUGGUGGUGGAGCAUAUCCAGAGCUUCAUCCACUCAGACAUUGGCUAUGAGAGUCUGAUCAACCUGAUGCUGAAGGACCUGUUUAAGCUGCUGGUGUCCUGUGUGGCUGAGCCUGCAGAGACCAUCUCUAGAGUAGGCUGCUCCUGCAUCAGGUAUGUUUUGGUGACUGCCGGGCCCGUCUUUACUGAAGAGAUGUGGCGUCUAGCCUGCUGUGCGUUACAAGAUGCCUUCUCUGCCACUCUGGAGCCUGUCAAGAACCUUCUGGCAUGUUUUCGGAGUGGGUCGGACAGUUUUUCAGGCGAUGCGUGUGAGGUGAAGGUAGCAGCCCCAUCCCACUCUCCCUCAGCCGAGGCGGAGUACUGGAGGAUCCGUGCCAUGGCCCAACAGGUCUUCAUGCUUGAUACUCAGUGUUCACCCAAAACGCCCAGCAACAAGGAGGGCUUUGAGCAUGCUCAGUCUUGUGUCCUUAUCAUAGAGUUGCCUCCAGACCAGCACUCUAAUGGACACACACAGAAGAGAAAAAUUGGGAUCCCUUUUAGAACCAUCGUGGUGAGUCUUCUGUCCCAUCAGGUUCUCCUACAGAACCUAUAUGACAUCCUGCUGGAGGAGUUUGUCAAAGGCACUGGCGGGGACAGCCAGGAGAGCAACACGCCCGUCUCCGAACCGCGUCCCGCCGGGUUCCUUCGUUACAUCUCCAUGCAGAACCUGGCCAUCAUCUUCGACUUGCUGCUGGACUCGUACCAGACGGCCCGUGACUUUGACACGCGGCCCGGUCUCAAGUACCUGCUGAUGAAGGUGUCUGGAGUCAGCGGGGCGGCCAACCUGUAUCGCCAGUCAGCCAUGAGUUUCAACAUCUACUUCCAGGCCCUGCUUUGUGCUACACUGACAAAUCAGGAGAACAUCACAGUGGAGCAGGUGAAAAGGAUUCUGGGAGAGGAAGAGGAGGGCAGCUCAGACUCAUCCCAGCCCUGCUCCUCAGAGGACGAAGACAUCUUUGAAGAGACUGCGCAGGUGAGCCCGCCGCGGGGUAAAGACAAGCGGCAGUGGCGCGCCACCAUCCCGUCCCUGAGCUCACAGCCGGCCAGCGGCGUGGACUGGGCCUGGCUGGUCAAGCGUCUCCACAAGCUGUGCAUGGACCUGAGCAACAACUACAUCCAGAUGCACCUGGACCUGGAGAGCAGCUUGGGGGCCAUCGGCGGCGAGGAGCCCGUGCUGGGCCACCGUGGCGGCGACCCACUCUUCUUCCUCCCCCUCUUCCCCUCCGAAAGCUCCACGCCCACCCCUUCCACCACGGGGGGGCCCUCGGGCCGGGGCACGCCGUCUGAAGACGGUUUCCGUUGCCAGCCCGCGGUGGAGACGCCGGGCGAAGAGCCCGCGCUGCAGACGCCACCCGCGGUGCCGCCACCGUCCUCGGCGGGCGUCUCCGGCAGCAGCCUGCCCCACCAGCAGGGGGCGCGAGGGCCGAGGGAGCACAGUGACUCCACCGGCCGCAAGAAGGAGUGGUGGGAGAGCGCCGGCAACAAACUCUACACCAUCGCCACCGACCGCACCAUCACCAAGCUCAUGAUCGAGUACAAGCGCCGCAAACAGCAGCAGCAGCAGCAGGGCCACCCCAUCUCCCAUUCGCACCCGGCCUUCGCCCGGGAGGCCAAGCCCGGCGAGAGGAGGACUGAGGUGGGCUCGCUGCGGGAGCCCGAGUCCCCCGGGCCCCAGAGGCCCCAGCAGCUGGUGGACCAGGGCCCCAUGAGGCACUCGUUCAGCGCGGGGCCCGAGGUGCUGAGGCAGGAGAAGAGGCCACGCUCGGGCUCCAUGGCCAGCUCUCACAACAUCUCCCUCAGAGACGCAGAGGCACAGAUCCAGGCGUGGACCAACAUGGUCCUGACGGUCCUGAACCAGAUCCAGCUUCUGCCUGACCCCACGUUCAUCGCACUGCAGGCUGCCGUGUUUCCCUGCAUAAGUCAGCUCACCUGCCACGUGACCGACCCCAAAGUGCGGCAGGCCGUCCGGGAGUGGUUGAGUCGGGUGGGCCGAGUCUAUGACAUCAUCCUGUGAUGCAAACGGGAGGCAUGUCACCGUCCACUUUCAUCAUGACCUGAGGUUGUUGAAGGUCACUGGGAGUAUUUUACGUUGGCUUGGAAACGACCUUGGGCUUUUGUGUGUAUGUUUCUGUUGGCCAUGCUAGCGCUCUCGUCUGUCUCUUCUGCUUUCCUCUCACUGAAAGGAAACUGUUGCCAUCUGUAUGUUUUUUUUUGUUUGUUUUUUGUUUUACUGAACUAGAUCCUUUAAAUACUUGAUUUCAAUGAUGCAUCACAGUGGCCAGUAUGUUUAUUUAUGGUAUUUAUCAUAGUGGCCAUUUGUUUUCCAUUGUAUAUUUGUGAAUCAUUGCAUAUUUAAUUUAUUUGAAGGCGGAAUAUAUUCAUAAUAUACAUAUCUAUUUUAAUGAUGACUGAAUGUUUUGUCUGAUAUUUUGCAUAUGCAUUAGUACAAAAUGUGACAUUGACACAUGACCCCUUGGAUAAUAUGCCCAUCACCGUUUUUAUCUUUGGAAGGCAAAUAAUCAAGACUGUGCUGUAUGCCGAGUCACUUGCUUGAAGUGUGUUUGAGUGUACAAGCAUGAUGUGACCGGUGGCUUGCAUGUCUGUCUCGGACAAUGAUCAUACCAUAGAGUUAAAAGUUGCUUUCUGUGUGGAUAACAUGCUGCAGAUUAUUGGUAGUUUAUUCAUCCUGGAAACAAAGUAUUUUUAAAUGACCUUACUUUAAUCACAUUUACAUUAUGCAAUAUUCAUUACAGACACAGCAGCUAUAUCUGUUAUAUGGAACUGUGUGUAUUUGCCACUACUUGUAAUCAUGCUGCCAGUGAAACUAUAGGAACCUAGGCCUUGGCUUGCAAAACACAGUGGAACUCAAAGAGGUUUGGCAUUUGGGUGUAUUAUUCCUAAUGAAUUGAUGCCAAUCAACAUCAGACAUUUGAAACCGCUGAAGAAUGAUCAUGUGACAUUGUUGUACUGAACCUACUGCUUCAUCCUUGAAGUCUUUUGAUCCUUGUGUUAAUUUAUGUGUGUUGUGUUGUAAGAAGCUGUUUGUUUGGUGAUUUACUAAACUCUUAAAGUCCUCAUCACUGUUUCAGUGGACUCAAUAGAGGUGGCAAAAAUGACCCGUCAAAUUUAAGUGUUCAGCUCCCUGCGAUUGUUUUGGCAUUUUCAUAGUGUUCAUAGUUCUAAGGUAUGUCUGUUGCUGAUGUGCAAUGAAAAUGCCUUGCUUAUGAUGGAGAUGACCAAAGAUGAACCUUAUUCUCUGUCACUACACUGUUUUGUUUGUUUGUUUAGUUUCUUCCACACAGUAAACAAAGUUCCU